AUGAACCUCUUGGAGGAUGCCAUCGGUCGAUAUGAAGAAUCGAGGGAGUUGUUAUCAGUCGAUGAUGACCCCGUGAACCAGAUGGUCAUAUCCUCGCUCUUCGAGAGUGAGGGAUUUGUAGUCCAUCAAGCUAUGGACGGCUUUGAAGCCCUUGAGCAUAUGCAGAAUAAUCCUAUGCCGGAUCUCAUCCUACUGGAUGUUAUGAUGCCAGGCAUGAGUGGUUAUGAAGUCCUUGAUACACUUCGGGCUGAGUACCCUCCUGAUCUCCCUGUUGUCAUGAUAUCGGCAAAGGCUGCUGUUGCCGACAAGGUCGAAGGCGUUGAACAUUUUUGCAAUGAUUACCAGACAAAGCCUUUCGAGAAGGAGGAGCUCCUCGCCCGGGUCCGAUGUCUCAUUAUACUUAGGCAUAUGAUAAAUGCUCAUUUUGGGGAGGGUGCAGGUGGACCUGGAAAAGGAGGCGAGGGAGGUCAGGCAGCAUCAAUGACGAUACCAUCUCACAUAAUGGAGAAGAUGAAGCAAGGAGAGUCGGAUAUCAAUGAGAGAUACGAGAAGGCAUCCUUCCUCUAUAUGGUUUUCGAUAAGUUGAGUGAAGCAGCAGAAGCCACUUCCCUGCCACACCUGCUCACGUUGAUGACUAAGCUGCAGAGGUCAUUCGAAGAGCUUCGUGAGAGCAACUAUGAUGCCAUACACUUACAAUUCAUCGGUAUCAACACUAUUGCUGUCGCUGGUUUUAAUGACGAGACCGCCAACUCAGAAGAGUUACUCUGUGGGUUCGGCAAAGCCUGCCUAGACAAAGCUUCCGAGAUCGUCCUGGGUGACACACCUAUCUCCAAGUUGAUGAAGAUAGGCAUCCAUACUGGACCAGCUUUCGCAGGUUUCAUCGGCGAUGCCUUUGCCUUCAUGGGGCAGCCCUCGCAGAUAUCGAGACAGCUAGCAUUGGGAGGUGUCUGUGGGCACGUCCAUAUCUCCAAGCCUACAAAGGAAGGUGUGGAGGCCUCAGCCCCUGGGUCCUUCCCAUUUGGUGAGAGAGGCACGAUCAGGAUAGGCGAGGAACUCGUAGAGACAUUCAUCGUGAAACAGUCGGAUGAUGAAGACCUGUCAGAGUACAAGACAGAGACCUCCUUGCUAGCCAGCGGCGCGGAAAUGGUUGAGGGGUUACAGAGUAGAGUGAAGGACUUGGAAGCUCAACUGAGAAAAAUGAUGUCCGAAGAUGGACGCGACGAUGACGGCUCUCUUGCUAAGUGUGUGGCAGAACCCCUCACGAUACAGAUAGCUUCGAACAGCGAUAAUAUGAAGGGACCAGACGGGCUCAACUUGUCGGAGGGUGAUCGUAAUACCCUCAAGGGUAUCCUCGAGGGGUUAGAGGCCGAGUUCUCGAAGCUGCUAGAUGGAUCGACUAACACAGCAGCGGGUAGCGACGGUGGCGUCCUGGAUGUGUCAUCAGGAGAAGUAGAUUCUAUCAUCAAGGAGGUUGAAGCUGUCAUUAAGACUGUUGGAGUCCUAGAGAAGGUCUGCAAGGAUAAUACUUCAGCGGUGAAGUUGGCACAGAGUUUGAUCGACGAGAAGCAGAAAGAAAUAGAGGCUCUUAAAGCUAGUGCGACCUCUAAGGUUCCCGCACCUGAGGACGACGGUGCGGACGGUUUUGCUGUUGGUGCGAAAUCAUCCACCUUGUAUGUGGAACCUGGCCUACCUCCAGAUGCGGCGAUGAAGACAGAGAGUGAUGAACCUAUGGUACCGGCUUCCGAACUAGCUGCUGUGAAGAAGGAUCUCGAGGAAACCAGGGCGGCCCUCCAUUGUGCCAAGGCUGCCUCUGCUGUUACAACGAUUGGAGGAGGUGGUGGUGGUGGGAUGGAGGCAAUGAUGGGAAUGGUCACGGCUUUGAUGCAGCAGUCUAACAAUGCAACAAAUACACAAAAGGAACCGCAGAGGGAGGCUAGAACUGGAGGGGUGAUGAAGAUUCAGCUCGAGGCUCUUGAAGCUGAAUGUGACAGACUACGGCAUGAUGCAGCGCAGGCUAAGAGCCUUGCUACUGAGGUGGUCUUUUUGAAGAGGCAAAUAGCAGAGUUGGAAUUAGAAGGGACGAUGAAGAAUACAGAUGCUGAUACAGUGGAGUCGUUGAAGGUCCAGGCAGAGAAUUCACUUAUUGGGCGAACGGCGAGUGAUGAUAAAAUCAAGCAAAUCAUCAACGAUGCUGAUAUAACCGUCGGUGAUGAUCUCGAGGAUACACCAACAGUCUCGACCUUGACCAGGCUAUUAGCGAUGAGUAACAGAGCACAGGAAGAUAUGAGGCAGCAGCUGGAAAUGCUGAUGGAGAAUGCUAGGGAGCAGCAAAUACGGCCCGCGUUGGGGUUCGCUGGUAUGUCCCAUGGCAGUCGUCCCUCGGAGGGAAUGCCUUCGCCAACUCAUCUCGACUCGACUAUGUAA